CAAUCAUAAUAUAAUGAAAUAUUUCAGGCUAUAAAUGUUCCUCCUCAUUGAGCUAAAGAUUCAUCCUCAUCUCUCUUUUGUAAAGAGGUGUCUAACACUUUUCUCUUUGCCUUAGAAAAAAUUCACACGUGGCCGCCCGCUUUUCCAAAAUAAGGGAAAAUUUGCUGACUGCUCGUAGAAAUAUUCGACCUGUACUGUAGUCUGGUCGUUCGUCUAUCUUUCUGGUCUCUUUUCUUUCUAUUCAUCAAAUUUUAAGAUGAAGAUCAAUAUUAAGGAAUCAACAAUGGUGAAACCAUCAAAGCCAACUCCUACAAAAAGGCUAUGGAACUCAAAUUUGGAUUUAAUAGUGGGAAGAAUUCAUCUUUUGACAGUAUAUUUCUACAAAUCAAAUGGAAUUUCUCCAAAUUUCUUUGAUUUUAGAAUUAUGAAGGAGGCUUUAAGCAAUGUUUUAGUUUCAUUUUAUCCAAUGGCUGGGAGAUUGGCUAAGGAUAAUGAAAAAGAAAGAAUUGAGAUAAAUUGUAAUGGAGAAGGAGUUCUUUUUAUUGAAGCUGAAAUUGAUGAUUUUAUUGAUGAUUUUGGUGAUUUUAUUCCAAGUUUGGAAAUAAAGAAGAUGUUAAUUCCUAAUGUUGAUACUUCUGGUGACAUCUCUUCUUUUCCACUUGUCAUAUUUCAGGUAACUCGAUUCAAGUGUGGUGGAGUCUCCUUAGGGUGUGGCAUUUUCCAUACAUUAUCUGACGGCAAUUCAUCCCUUCACUUCAUCAACACAUGGUCGGAAGUUGCCCGAGGCCUCUCCGUCACCGUCUCGCCGUUCAUCGACCGGUCCCUCCUCCGUGCACGGGACCCACCGACACCAGCUUAUAAACACGUGGAAUAUCAUCCUCCUCCGACCCUAAAAUCAUCGUCAAAAAACGUUCAUGAUAAAGUUAGUUGUCCAAAAUCCAGCACCACGGCCAUGUUUAAGAUCACAAGUGACCAACUGACCCUACUCAAGACCAAGUCCGAGCACGAGGGUAGUACUUAUGAAGUACUCGCGGCCCAUAUUUGGCGUUGCACGUGCAAAGCACGUGGCCUAGAUGAUGACCAAUUGACAAAGUUACAUGUUGCUACAGAUGGUAGGUCAAGACUUUUUCCUCCUUUACCACCAGGCUACUUAGGAAAUGUUGUUUUCACAGCUACACCAAUUGCCAAAUCUGGUGUAAUUUUAUCAGAGCCAUUGAUGAACACUGCACAAAGAAUUCAUAAGGUGUUAGCAAGAAUGGACGACGAAUACUUAAGAUCAGCGAUAGAUUAUCUCGAAUUACAGACAGAUUUAUCUAAAUUAAUCCGAGGACCGACGUAUUUUGCUAGUCCUAAUCUUAAUAUUAACAGUUGGACUAGGUUGCCUGUUCAUGAUUCAGAUUUUGGAUGGGGAAAACCAAUUCAUAUGGGACCUGCAUGUAUUUUGUAUGAAGGGACAGUUUACAUAUUGCCAAGUCCAAGUAAUGACAAGAACUUGAAGUUGGCUGUGUGUUUAGAUGCUGACCAUAUGCCACUUUUUGAGAAGUACUUGUAUGACUUUUGAAAAUUUCAGCCUUGAGUUGUGUGUGGUUGGAUUAGAUAUGUGUAGUUAGU